AUGGCAAACAGUAUGGAUACAGAUGCAUUUCUGAAUGCAUUCUUUAGGAUGGUGAACAGAAGAGGGCUACCAUCUGAAGUCAUUUCUGACAAUGGGACGAACUUUGUCGGAGCUGUCAGGGAACUGAAGCAACUGCUUGAUGCAUUAGAUAAAGGAACCAUAACUCGGUCUUUGGCCAACAGGGGAAUCAAAUGGCACUUUAAUCCACCUUAUGUGCCACACUUUGGUGGAGUGUUCGAAACUAUGAUCAAGUCCGCCAAACGUGCCAUAUUUGCUAUUUUAAGCACCAGUGAUGUUACAGAUGAGGAACUUGGCACCGUUUUCACAGGUGCAGAAGCGCUGAUAAACUCACGUCCACUAACGUAUCAAAGUGCUCAUCCUCUCGAUGUCAACCCCCUCACACCGAAUCAUUUCCUCCAUGGACAGAUAGGAGGGAUGUUUGCACCAGAGUCGACAGACGAGACGGAUUACCACCCCAGGAAGAGAUGGAGACGACUUCAGGAGCUAGUAUCAGUGAACUUUGAACAUUUCAGUGUGGACUAUUACUGA